CUUGAGUCUUCCCUAAAAAAUAUCAUAUAAUCAUUAUCAAAACGACUAAAAAGGCGUUUGAUUUUUUAGACGAAAUGAUCAUAACAAGUGAAAUUAUUAAAGAUAAGCCAGCCUAAACUCCAACUGAAGUGCUUGCACAUUCAAGUAGGCCCCGCCUGUUUCUUGUUAAUGAUAUAGAUUAUAGAAUAAAACCCGAAUGGGGUUUAAUCGUUUCUUGUUCGUCUCGAUUCUUCUUCUUCUUCACAGUUUCAUGGAGUUCACCAAAUCCCAGAUGCCAGCAGGUUUUAUAAGUCUAGAUUGCGGUGGCGACAAGAACCACACAGACAACCUCGGACUGGAGUGGACUCCCGACGAUGAAAUCAAAUACGGAACAACGACUAAAAUCUCCAUAGAAAACGAAAACAGACGACAAUAUCAAACACUCCGAUAUUUUCCGGCGGAUAACCGGAAAUACUGCUACUCACUUAACGUGAAAACCAGGACUCGAUACCUCAUAAGAGCUACAUUCUUAUAUGGUAACUUCGAUAACAACAACGUAUACCCUAAAUUCGACAUCUCACUGGGCCCCACUCACUGGUCAACAAUCGUCAUCUCAGACGCUAACACCAUAGAAUCUCAAGAACUCAUCUUUUUAGCUUCUGAUCCUACAAUCAGUAUCUGUUUAUCCAAUUCCAAAACAGGCCUUCCUUUCAUCUCAACACUCGAGCUUCGACAAUUCAAUGGCUCCAUUUACCUUACGCCAUUCGAGAACCAAUUUUUUCUAAGUGUUUCUGCUAGAAUCAAUUUCGGGGCAGAAAAUGAAGAUCCGGUAAGGUACCCGGAUGACCCGUUCGAUAGAAUUUGGCAAUCGGAUUUGGUUAAAAAAGCAAAUUACCUUGUCGACGUGGCUUCCGGGACCCAAAAAGUUUCCACUAAAUUACCGAUUGAUGUCGGAAACGACGAAUUACCCCCUCAGAAGGUCAUGCAGACAGCUGUCGUGGGUCGAAACGGGUCAUUAACUUACCGAUUGAAUUUGGACGGGUUCCCGGGUUUUGGUUGGGCUUACACUUAUUUUGCAGAAAUUGAAGAUUUAAAUCAGAAUAAAACCCGUAAAUUCCGGCUAAUUCUUCCCGGAGCUCCGGAUAUCAGUAAAGCCAUUGUCAACAUUCAAGAAAACGCUCAGGGGAAAUACCGUUUAUAUGAACCCGGAUUUUAUAACAUUUCACUUCCUUUUGUUUUAUCCUUUAGAUUCGGGAAGACAUCUGAUUCUACUGAAGGCCCUCUUCUUAAUGCGAUUGAAAUCAGUAGAUAUCUGGAAAUAGCUGAUGCUUCUUUUGAUGGGGGUGUGGUUGCGAGUAUAGUAUCUGUUUACAAGUCGUUAGAGUGGGCCCAAGAAGGUGGCGAUCCGUGCUUACCGGUUCCAUGGUCAUGGUUGGAAUGUGAUUCCGAUCCUCAACCCAAGGUUAUAUCAAUAAAAUUGUCUAAUAAGAACAUGACUGGAAGCAUCCCUUUGGAUUUGACCAAGUUGACCAGCUUAGAAGAAUUGUGGCUUGAUGGGAAUGCGUUGACUGGUCAAAUCCCUGAUUUUACAGGAUGCCCGAAUUUAAAAAUCAUACAUCUUGAAAACAAUCGGUUGACUGGUCAUCUACCUUCCUCUUUAGCAAACUUACCUAAUUUAAGUAAACUGUAUGUGCAGAAUAACUUGUUAUCUGGAUCCGUGCCACCUGGUCUUCUGAACAAGAACAUAGUCUUAAACUACACUGGAAACAAAAAUCUUCAUAAACAAAGUAAUGACGGAAGAAACAUUGUAUACAUUAUCUUUGGAUUACUGGUUGGGGCUGCUAUUUUAAUUUUAGGGUUCAUAAUCUCAUGCCUGCUUAUUCGCAAAGGGAAGAAAGAUCACAAGCAAGAGCCUAAACACAUCAUGCAUGUUUCUUCUAUGAACACAACAACAACAACUUCAGAAGGUGCCCGAUGUUUUACACUAUCUGAAAUUAGAAUUGCAACAAAGGAUUUUGAGAAGAAACUUGGAUCUGGUGGAUUUGGAACUGUAUAUUAUGGUAAGUUGAAUGAUGGAAAGGAGAUUGCAGUCAAGCUUCUUGGAAGUAACAACAUUCAUCAGGGAAAGAAGGAAUUUGCAAAUGAGGUGAGUCUUCUGUCAAGAAUACAUCAUAGAAACUUGGUAAAAUUCUAUGGGUUUUGCCAAGAAGAAGGGAUGGAUAUUCUUGUUUAUGAAUUCAUGCAUAAUGGAACUCUUAAAGAACAUCUUUAUGGACCUUUAGCAAAAGAACAAAAAAUCAAAUGGAUCAAGCGCCUCGAGAUUGCUCAAGAAUCUGCCAAAGGAAUCGAGUACCUUCAUACUGGUUGUGUCCCUUCCAUUAUCCAUAGAGACUUGAAAACAAGCAACAUUCUUCUUGAUCACAACAUGAAAGCCAAAGUUUCAGAUUUUGGUCUCUCAAAACUUGCAGUUGAUGGAACUUCACAUGUAUCAAGCAUAGUUCGAGGCACUCUUGGGUAUCUUGAUCCUGAAUAUUACAUCUCGAACCAUUUGACAGAAAAAAGCGAUCUCUAUAGUUUUGGAGUCAUUCUUCUUGAGCUGGUUUCUGGUAAAGAAGCCAUUUCUAACGAAAGCUUUGGUAUAAAUUGCCGCAACAUUGUGCAGUGGGCGAAGUUUCAUAUAGAGAACGGGGACAUUCAAGGGAUAAUUGAUCCGUGUUUAGGAGACGAUUAUGAUAUCCAAUCGAUGUGGAAGAUAGCAGAGAAAGCGUUGAUGUGUGUCCAACCUCACGCAAACACGAGACCUUCAAUGUCUGAAGUUAUUAAGGAGAUUCAAGAUGCGAUUGCAAUAGAGAAGGGUGGAGAGGGAGGUAGUUCUGAUGAAAUUUCACGGACAUCUUUUCAUUCUUCGUUGAAUAUGGGAUUACUUGAUCAUGGUGGCGAUCCUUACUUGUCGUUUCAUGAGUCUGUUGCACUCCCUUCUGCUCGAUAGGUAGAUCUAGUUGUUGAUAGGUUAGUUGAAAUUUGAAAAGGUAAAUUCGAUUUUGGGUUUUAGGGUAUUCGUUAGAACGUUGAUUUGGGUUUGGAGGUUGUCGAUUUGUUGAGGUUUCACCUUCACUGUUGAGGGGGGUUUUUGUUUGUAAAUGAUGUAUGCAUGAAUUGGUGGUAUUGAUUCAAAAGGAUCGAAUAGGUAUUGAACAAUUGAACAGUGAAACAUUUCAUGGCAUCCACUCAACCUCUGCCAUGCCAAUGGAGCGGUGUUGAUGGUUGGUAAAAGAGAGAAGAGAGUGUGAGCCUGCCAACACAACCAAUGGAAAAGUUAGCUGCAUACCUUUGCCGAUGUACAGUGCUGCUGAACUAGGGGUGAGCAUUUGGACCGGACCGGACCGUUUUUUGGACCCCCGGUCCGGUUCUCGGUUCUAGGAAUCCAUCCCGGUCCGGUUUUUACCGGGUUUAAAACCGGUUGGACCCGAUUUAAAAAAAAAAAUUGUAAUUUGAGAAAUUUUUUAAACAAUCAUAACUCAUUCGUUUUAAAUCGGAUUGACACGCAGUUUUUUCCAACG